AUGAAUUCCAAAUUAAUACAAAUUAGUUCAUCUCUUCUUUUAAUGUGCUUAUGCAACACAUACAGUAACGAGGAAAAUAAUAAUAAUGUAACUAGGGUUAUAAAAUCGAACCGAUUAUUAUCUGAGCAAGAAAACAAUGAAGUAGGAGAAGAAGUAUAUGAGGAACAACCAGCUUAUGAAGAUCAACCAGCUUAUGAAGAUCAACCAGCUUAUGAAGAUCAACCAGUUUAUGAAGAUCAACCAGCUUAUGAAGAUCAACCAACUUAUGAAGAUCAACCAAUUUAUGAAGAUCAACCAGCUUAUGAAGAUCAACCAGCUUAUGAAGAUCAACCAGCUUAUGAAACCAAACCAGCUUAUGAAACCAAACCAGCUUAUGAAACCAAACCAGCUUAUGAAACCAAACCAGCUUAUGAAGAUCAAGAAAAUAUUGAAUACCCAGUUCCUGACGAUGAAAUAUUUUAUGAAGCACUAGAUGUUUAUGCUAUCUCAUUAGAAAACCCAAAAGAGAAAAGACUUAUGCCAAGAAAUUCACCAUUUGUGAAAGCAUAUCUAACCGCCCCCAAGAACCCAAGGACUGUUGACUUAACACCACCAGAUAACAAACCAACAAUUACAGAAUUCCCAUUUACAACAUCUAUUUCACCACCACCACCACCAAAUUCGAAACGUAGAAUUAGAGAAAGAAAAAUCAAACCUAUAUUUGAACAAUUACCCAAAAUUCCAAAGGAAGAAAAACCUUUUCAUCCAGACACUCGUGAUAUUAAAAGAGAAAUAACCCGUUUGAAUAACCUCUGGAAGAUAAUAGACUACAUGGAUACAGAUGACUCAGACUUGGAUGAUUAUAUAGAUCAUUUUUCUGGUCAAAAUAAGAGGAAAUAA